AAGAAAACGGCGAUGGGAUCGGCGGAACCUGGCGGGGCUGCGGUUUUGGGCAGCCCCCCGAUGCCCAACGCCUGCUGCAACCGCUCGUACCGGCCCUACGCCACCCCUCAGGGACCCCCCCAGCUCAGGACGCUCCGAUCGGCCUCUGCGGGACGGCUGCCGGCUAAGCGCAAACUGGACCUGGAGGGCCCUGAGCUCCACACACCGAAGGGGAAGGGCAGGACUCUGGUACAGGUGCCCAGCCCCAGGACCCCCAAGUCCCCAGGUGAGAAGACACGCUAUGACACCUCGCUGGGGCUGCUCACCAAGAAGUUCACCCUCCUGCUGAGCGAGUCACCCGAUGGAGUGCUGGACCUCAACCGCGCCGCUGAGCUCCUGGAGGUGCAGAAACGCCGCAUCUACGACAUCACCAACGUCCUGGAGGGCAUCCAGCUCAUCCGCAAGAAGUCCAAGAACCACAUCCAGUGGAUGGGGACGGGGAUCUUUGAGGAUGCGGCGGUGGCAACCAGGCAGCAGGUGCUGCGUGGGGAGGUGGCCGAGCUGGGCAGAGCAGAGAAGGCUCUGGACCAGGUCCUGCAGGAGUGCAGCCUGCGGCUGCGGCAGCUGACGGAUGAUGGAGCCAACCAGAGGCUGGCGUACGUCACCUACCAGGACCUCCGUGCCAUCAGCAGCUUCCAGGAGCAGACAGUGAUUGCUGUGAAAGCCCCCCCAGAGACGCAGCUGGAAGUGCCUGACCUCAGCGAGGACAACCUGCAGCUGCACCUGAAGAGCACCAAUGGUCCCAUCGAGGUCUACCUGUGCCCAGAGGAGAUCCUGGAGGACAGCCCUACCGAGGACCACGACGUCCCCUCCAGCCCUGUGCUGCGGGACAGCAGCACCCAGCCCUCCCUUCAGAACAGCCCAGAGCCCCCCAUAUCCCCACAGCUGCCCAGUGGCCACCGUGCCCCAUCCUUAUCCCCGUCCCCUCCCCUCUCCAGCCCUGCAGAGCCCCACUCACUGCUGGAGGUGGGCGCAGGGCUGCUGGACUCCCCCCAUCACCUCUUGCAGCAGACAGAGGACCAGCUGCCCUGCGCCCCUUCCUACCUGGACUCGAUGCCCUUCAUCCCCUUCUCACCCCCCCUGGAGCAGGAUGAAUACCUCUGGGGGCUGGAGGGUGGCGAGGGAGUCAGCGACCUCUUUGAGGCCUAUGACCUGAGUGAGCUGCUGAAGGACUGAGCCUCCUCCGUUCCCAACUGCUCCAUCCCUGUCCCCACAGCUGGGGAAGGGGCACAGUACCCCGGGUGGCUUUGCUGGGGGGAAUUGGGGGUCUCCACCCCGACUCUCCAUGGGCUGCUGGCAGACCUUUGGGUGCUUGGGUACCGCAGGCCUUUGGGUACGGGGUUGGGGGCACCCACCUAGCAGUAAUGGGGCCCCUGCCAGAAGGAGCUGUGUUGGGGAGUGGGGAGAGGGUCACGUUUUGGGGGCACUCCAGUUGCUCCUCCAGUUAGAGUGGUGCUUUGGGGUGGCGGAUGCUCGUUUGGAACCCUGUGGGGCACCUCCAACUGUGUGGGUUGGAGCUGACGGUCGAGAGGCACUGAGCACAGAGGCGCUCCCUCUGCUGUCACUGAAAUGUCAAUAAGGAAUAAUGAGCUGAGGUGGAGGCAGAUUUCCUUCCAGAGGGGGAUGCUCAACUUGGGGGUGGGGGCACUUCGCCUGCAGCCUCUUAAAACGGAGCCGUGGGCAAAUCCAUGUGCCGUGAUGGUGCUUGGGGGGAUGGACACUGGGGCUUAAUGGGACAGAGAGGUGGCAGUUGGUACCUGUGGGGGGAUCAGGAGCAGCGUGGAGCACAACAGCUGCAUCACUUUCCCCUCAUUGCAGAGGCUUUAGCACUGCUGGGGCUGUGCAGAGGUUUUCCCCUGGAUGGCAUCGGGCUGCGUGUGGCCAUGUGGGUUCUCCCCAUCCUGGUGAUGUGGGGUCAGCGUGGCCCCACCAGCACAAAGGAUACACCCCAGGGAAGUCCUCCCCAUGGAAAAACGUGUGUUAAUUAUUGCACUGUAUUUAUACAGGACCCACCUCUGACACGGUGCUGUUGGGGGUUCAGGAUUCAGUUUCUGAGUGUAUUUAAGUUGUCCUUUUUGGGUUUGCUCUGCUGCAGUUUGGUUGGGAUGCGGUGUGGGUGAGAAAUGUGUGGCAUGUGCUGUUCUCUGCCUGGGAGGGGAUGAAA